AUGAGCCAAUUCUCUAAAAAACCAAGAAAGUGGAUGUCCCCAUUAGAAAUCAAAGCUAUUGUUGGAGAAAUGAAUAAUAAACUACAAAACUUUAACAUUAACACAGUGUAUGACGUUAAUAGAAGAUUGUAUGUAAUUAAGUUAUCAAAAACAGAUUGUAAAGAAUUUAUUGUUAUCGAGUCAGGAGUUAGAGUUCAUCUAACAGAAUAUAACAGAGAGAAAUCAGACUUUCCAAAUAACUUUACUUCUAGACUAAGAAAAUAUUUAAAUAAAAAGAAAUUAAUUAAAAUUAAUCAAAUAGGUAAUGAUAGAGUCAUUGAAUUAGUAUUUGGAAAUGCUACUGAACGUUAUUCAUUAAUAGUUGAUUUAUAUUCUAAUGGUAACAUUUGUUUAUGUGACCAAGAAUAUAAAAUUCUUUUAACAUUAAGAAAUUUUACAUUUGAUAAAACUGGAGAUAAAGUUGCUGUAGGAGAAAAGUAUCCUCUUCAUCUUCUAAGUGAUGCAAAUGGUAUUAAUGAAUUAAAAAAUAUAAUAAAAGAAUAUGACACAAUUUUUACAUCUGAAAGUAUGAAAGGAUGGACUUUAAAACAAUUAAUAAAUUAUACCAGUGAUUUUGGACAACAACUUAGUGACCAUUGUUGUAGUCAAUUUGGUAAAGAAAGUAGUAAAACAAAAAGACUUGAAGAAUUUAAUGAAGAAGAAAAGAGUUUAAUGAAAAAGAUUCUUGAAGAAGCAAUAACACGAUAUGAGAAAAUUGAUUCAGGUAAAUGUAAAGGAUAUAUUUUCUAUCAUGAGACAAAUAAAAAGAAAUAUUAUGAAGAAGUUAGUUGUGAUAUUUUCUAUCAAGAUAGUAAAAGGAAAUAUAUUGAAUUUGAAAGUUUUGAAAAAGCAAUGGAUGAAUUUCAUAGUCAUAUUGAAAAACAAGAAUAUGAAGCAGAAGUAGAAAAGAAAGAAAUGAUUAUGAAAAAGAAAAUUCAAGCUGUUAUUGAUGGACAUCAAAAAAGAUAUCAAGGGUUAUUAGAUAAAGCUGAAACAUUAAAAAAUGAGGCUGAAGCAGUUGAAGAGAAUAUUCAAGUUGUUGAUCAAUUAAUUCAAGAAAUUAAUGUAUUCUUAAAAGAAAAAAUGAAAUGGGAACAGAUUGAAGGCAUUAUUGAAUCAUUAAAAGAAAAUGAUCCAACGUCUAUUGCAAAAUAUAUUAAAAGAUUUGAUUUUAAAAAUGAAGUUGUUGUAUUAGAAUUAAAACAUACAAAUGAAGAUAAAAUUAUAGAAGUAGAAGUCGCAUUAAACAAAAAUGGUUUUGAAAAUAUUCGUAAUUUUUAUGAAAUGAGAAAGAAUAUAUUAGCUAAAGCAGAAAAAACAAUGGAAAGUAAAGAUUUAGCAAUUAAACAAGCUGAGAAUAAACAAGAAAGAGUAGCAAAAGAAAAGAAAAUAACUUUAGUAGAUGUAAAGAAAAUGAGAAAAAGGUUUUGGUUUGAGAAAUUCCAUUGGUUCUUAUCAAGUGAAAAUUUUAUUAUUAUAAGUGGUAAAGAUGCUUUACAAAAUGAUGUCAUAUAUCGUAGAUAUAUGAAAAGUACUGAUGUAUAUGUUCAUGCUGAUAUUCAUGGUGCUGCUUCUUGUAUUAUUAAAGGAAUUCCUGGUAAAACUAUUGGAGCUCCUACCUUAGAACAAGCUGGUAAAAUUGCUGUAUGCAGAUCUUCUGCUUGGACUUCAAAAAUUGUUACUUCUGCAUGGUGGGUAUAUAGCGAUCAAGUAAGUAAAACAGCACCAUCAGGAGAAUAUCUUACUACUGGUUCAUUCAUGAUUAGAGGAAAGAAAAAUUAUCUACCACCUGUUCCAUUAGUUUUUGGUAUUGGAAUUAUGUUUGCUGUUGAAAAGGAGGAUAAAGAAAACCAUGAAGAAGUUAUUCAACAAGAGACAAAAGAGGUUCAACAAAAAGAAAAUGUGGAAAGUGUCAUUAAAAUCUCUGAGCAAGAGAGAGAUAAAGAACAAAAAGAAGAAAAACAAGAAGUUGUUCCAGUUCAAGUAGAAAAAGUCAAUGUUAAGAAUUUAGAAGUUAAAGAAAAAGAUGAAGGUAAAGUCACUAUUGAAGAAAUCCAAUUUAAAAAAGUAGAAUUUUCAAGUAAAAAAGAAGAAGAAGAGGCUAGACUACAACAAAAAAUAGAGAAGAAAAAACGUACUGAAAAAAGAAAAGAGAUUGAAGAUAAAAAGAAGAAGGAUGAAGAGGAAAAGAAAAAGAAUAAACCUGUUCGAGGUAAAGCUGGAAAAAUGAAAAAACUUAAGAGAUAUGAAGAUCAAGAUGAAGAAGAUCGUAAAAAAAUGGAAGAACGAAUUGGUCAUAAAUUUAAUGUUAAAGAAGAAGAACAACCAAAAGAAGAUAUCAAAAAAGUUGUUCCUAUUCAAUGCUUCUUUUGUGGUUCAACUGAACACUUGGCAAAAGACUGUCCUAAAAGAAAAGAAGAGUUAAAGAAAAAACAAGAAGAAAAAAUAAAAGAACGAAUGGAAGAAGAAGAAGAGAUUGAUGACGAAGAAAUGUCUGUCAAUGACACAAUUUUUGUAGGUGAAUUAGUUGAGGGAAUGAAUGUUAAAUUUGCUGUUCCAGUUUGUGGGCCAUAUGAUUGUGUUAGUAAAUAUAAAUACCACAUCAAAUUGACUCCUGGAAAUACUAAAGCUGGUAAAGCCAUCAAAAAUAUUAUUGGUUUGUGGAGUACUUGGAAAGACCAAAAAGAAAUAGAAAAAGUUCUUAUAUCAGGAAUAAGUACAGACGAAUAUAUUGGAGUAAUGAUGAGUGAUGUUACUGUUCAUCAACCUAAUGGAAAAAUUAAAACUCAAAAAUGGAAAGGAGGUUCUAACAAAGAGAAGAAAAGUAAAGGCAAAAAGUAA